CAUGUGACUUCAUGUCACGUGACCGGUAAAGGUUCUCCAAAAUCACCCCGACAGCGUUCAACGGGAACACAUCUCUUUUCUUCACUUAUUUUCUGUUGUUUAUUAGCCGGAUAAAACGAAAGAAAUGCUUGUUGACCAGCAGCUUCGUCUGGACGAGCAGCUGCUGCUUUUCAUGGAGCAGCUCGAGGCUCUGGAGGAGAAACGACACAGACUUAAUUCCCUCAUAGAAGAGGGAUGGUUUUCAAUCGCCAAAGCUCGUUAUUCAAUGGGAAACAAGCAAGUCUCUGCUCUGCAGUACGCUAGCGAGAUGGAAGCGCUUGUUCAUGUGAAAACUAGCGUGUUAGAAGAUGGGACAGCUGAGUUCAAAUGUGAGAGAAAAGAGAAUAAAACAGAAGAACUGGAAAACAACACGAUAGAAGACAUUGGAGCAAAAGAAACGGGUCUUAGAAGGCGAAUAAACACCAAACAAAAUGGGGUUAAAGAGGAACAGGAGACAGGUCCUCAAGUAAAAAGGAAGGAAGAAUCAUCGGCUCCAGAGCACAGGGAUCCUUUGAAGUGGUUUGGAAUCCUUGUGCCACAAAAUCUGAAACAAGCCCAGUCUGCAUUUAAAGAGGUCAUCACUCUCUCAGCAGAAAUUGCAUCUCUACAGAGUUCAAUACUUGCUACAAGAAAAGAGAUGCAGGCAAAGAUGAAGGAGAAACAGGAGAAUCCAGAGAAGACUCAAAAGGAAAUAAAAAAGGAAUAACUGUGACUAUUCUUUUCAUCUUUAAUCUUUAUUUAUUGAAUGUUUGUAUGAACCAAAUAAACCCAUGAUCCCUAGCUUAAUCUUACGGUGUUGAAUAAUAUCAAAUGUUUUUCCAUGUCAAGAGAUCACUGAAAACAAUGUUUUCCUAAAAAAAAAAAUAAAAAUCUUCAGUUAAUUGUAUUAUAUUUCUUUGAGCAGUAAUGCACAGUUGAUAAUCUAAAAUGUAUAAAUGUACUACAACAUUAAUUCAAUUCAUUUUCAGUGCAGUCGUUUUGGAGAGCCUGCUUUGUGGUUGAACGUAAUUUUGUCAUUUUAAAUGUAAAACCCCCUGCAAUCAUUAACUAUCAGAUAUUUCCUGUGCCAAGCCACCGUUAUUUGUAUAGUGUGUUUUACAAUACAGAUUGUGCCAAAGCAGCUUCACGGUGAUAGACAGUAAAACAUGGCAUGGUUAUGGAAACUCACCUGAGAAGACUGCUGUGAAGCAGCUCUAAAACAGUGUCAUUGUUGAGAUCAAGCCGUUUUAGUUUUAAUCCAGGUAAAAACUCAAUAACAGACAGAAUUUCACUGAAAUCAGUAAAUAAAGCAGCCAACAAAAA